GUAGUUCUGGCUGUAAUAUUAUGACUUAUCCAUCUGAAGCGCUCGCGUGGUAUUUACCGUUUCACGGUACAUUGUACUCUGUAGUUCGUAACUUCGUAUCAUAAAAAUCAGUUUAAGUAAUUUUAUCCAUAGGUUGAUGGGUUUCGGUCUAUUGUUUAUCUGCAUUCCGACCAUGCUCUCUGAACACCUUAUAAUGCAGGGAGUGAAUAUCACGUGUGUUGUGCGCUCGUCGAGUUGCGAUUAGGCAACAAAGUAAUAAUUUUGCGCUAACUUUUGCCACUGGAUGCGCUGUAUCAGCCUGUGUUUUACUGAUGGCUUAUACGAGUAAGAAAACAACAAGGAGCAUCAAACCUUGCAAAGCUUCGACGAAACUGAUCUCGACGAAGAAAGCUGAUGUCGCUACCGCCGGUGACCCCUACGAUUCUUUGGACGAUACCGUUGAUUCGUCGACUACACCGACAAAGCCGGGAAGAUUCUCCAGCUCGCCGCCUCCAGGUUUCGAGUGCGCUAAAGUGUCACGGAUUCCGGAAGCAUCGGCAACAAGCAAUACUGACGUUCCCGAAAUCACCAGAACACCACUUCCAAAUGCGAAACAACAAGGAAAUUCCGCGCUACCCAGUGUACACAGACGCUCUCCCCAGUUUUCUCAACCACAACUGGUCUGUCGACACGCCUCUCCAAUACGUUCUAAAAAGGUCGCCCCCCUUCGACCGUACAGCUUAUCUGAUUACAAGCAGCUGAAUUUGAAUGUGAAGCUGGGCGGACUGGGCCCUAAUACGGGGCCGGAACAAGAACGAAUUCGAAGCGUCCAGAAACGAUUACGCGAUUUGGCUAAGCAGUGGCAUACGAAGAACAAGGAGAAAGAAAGUGUGGCAUUAGCGGCAAGAGAAGCUCGAGCUACUAGCAACCCGAGCGAAGUCACGACGCCGUCGGCGCGAGAUAGUACCAUCGACCGCGCUGCUGUGUCCAGUCACGGACAUCUAAAACGAGAACGACUUGUGAAUCCGAUGCGCUACUUGAGGAAACAAAGUCCGCCAUGUCGACCUAUUGUCCUUCCCGUAUUACGACUGAAUCGUUUCAUGAAAGAAAGUAUUCCCGUGGAAACAUCAUCUAGAUCGGCAUCGACGACUCAGUCAGAAAAAAAGAUACGUACGGAAUUGAAAGUCCUCAGAAAAUCAAAAGAAAUGGACAAGUUAGCGGAAAACCAACUGGCCGUCUUGGGGAAGCUUUUGGAUGAUCAGGCUAAUUUAGGUUGAGUUUCCUGUUUUCCAUGAACUGCAAACUAAGAAACCUGGAUGGCGACAUUAGUUAAGACCAAUAAAUCGCUAAAUAUACCUCGUAUUAGCGUUCUUUUUUUCACAGUCGCUUCAUUGAUACAAUUUCGCUCCCUCGUUCUGAUACUCAUGCACCUUUAUAAUUUUCCUCUUGCAUAUGUGCCUCUUAUUAAAAAAUGAACAUUAGUCCGUCCCUGACCUA